GUGCUUUUAAAAGGAAAUUUAAAAAAUUGUUAUUAAUUUGUUAUUUUUAUAUAAAAUGAGUAAGCUGGGCGACAAGUUGAGCUGGGCGGUGGGCAAGAAGCGGGUGCUGUGUGUGGGCAACUGUGUUAUCGAUUGCAUCUCAAUGAUCGAUGAGUUUCCCAAGCCCGACAGACCAGAGCGUACAAUCCGUGGCUAUUGGCAACGCGGCGGCAAUGCGUCCAACACUUGCACCGUGCUCAGCAAUCUGGGCAUCAGGACCGAAUUUUUCGGCAUGCUGAGCUCAGCGCCCAUGUUUCGCAUGAUUUUGGACGACAUGCGUCAUCGUGGCAUCAAAAUGGAUAAUUGCCCGCGCACCAAUGCCGAUCCGCCCUUCUCCUCGGUGAUAUUGACGCGUGCCACACGCAGCUGCAACAUUGUUAACUGCAGUGAAGCGUUUCCCUAUGUGAACAGCGAGCAGUUUGCGAAAUUGAAUCUAAGCGAUUAUGGUUGGAUACAUUUUCGUGGCAAGGAAUUCAAGCAGACGCUUGAAAUGAUGCAGGCGGUGGAGAGCUUCAAUGCCACCAGCAGGGAGAAGAUCAUCGUUUCGAUGGACUUGGAUAGCUCGCUGAACGAGAUGUGGCAACUGGUCAGCCUGUGCGACUAUGUGUUCUUCUCAAAGCGUCUGGCAUUGGAGCGCGACUGGUUGAAUCCCAAGGACGCGUGCCUCAACAUUGACGAGAAACUGCGCAUGCGUUUCGGCCUCAAUUUGAAGCGUCCUCUGGUCGUGUUUCUGUGGGGCAAGCAGGGCGCCGCCAUUAUGGAUCAGUCUGGCAAGUAUACAAGGAUGCCUGCGUAUAGGCCUAAGCCAUUGCGCGACGCUCUGGGUGCGGGCGAUACCUUUGUGGCUGCCUUUAUCUAUGCUGUCUAUGCGCGUGGCAGAUCCACGGAGAUUGCUGUGGACUUUGGCAACCGCAUGGCCAGUCACAAGUGCACUAAGCAUGGCUACGAUCAUAUUGCCGAUAUACUAGUCGCUCCUGUGCUGUAAAUGCUUUUAAAAUAGAUGUGAUUCAUGGUUAACUAGCUGCCAGUAGAUAAAUGUGCUAUUUAUUUCGAUGAAACAGCAAAUUAUUACACAAUGAUUAAUUCAACAGUUAGACUCGAACUUUGUGUGUGCGGCACACAUUUAUAUAAA